AUGGUUCAUCUCGCCUCUGUGAAGAAUGACGACGAGGUCUUUGACCCCAAGUCCCGCACCUUCGACUCCAUCGUGGCCACUCCGCCUGACGAGAAUGACUUCUACACCAACGUCUACGGCAGCCAUUUUGCCGCCGACCACAUGCCCCUGCAUGAGAUGCCCGAGCGUGAAAUGCCCCGGCAGAUUGCCGCCCGUAUGAUCAAGGAUGAGCUGAGCCUGGAUGGCAACCCCAAGCUCAAUUUGGCCAGUUUUGUCACCACCUAUAUGGAAGAGGAGAUCGAGGACAUCAUGACUGAGGCCUUCAGCAAGAACUUCAUCGACUACGAGGAGUACCCGCACUCCGCUGAGAUCCAGAACCGCUGCGUCAACAUGAUUGCCCGCCUGUACAACUGCCCGACCGACCCCGAUAGUGAGAAUGCCAUGGGCACUUCAACCAUUGGCUCGUCCGAGGCCAUCAUGCUGGGCACCCUGGCCAUGAAGAAGCGUUGGCAGAACAAGCGCAAGGCCGAGGGUAAGGACUACUCGCGCCCCAACAUCGUCAUGAACAGCGCGGUCCAGGUCUGCUGGGAGAAGGCUGCCCGCUACUUUGACGUCGAGGAGAAGUAUGUCUACUGCACCGACACCCGCUAUGUCAUCGACCCCCAGCAGGCCGUCGACCUCGUUGAUGAGAACACCAUUGGAAUCUGUGCCAUUAUCGGUACCACCUAUACUGGAGAGUACGAGGACGUCAAGGCGAUUAACGACCUCCUCGUGGAGCGCGGCAUCGACUGCCCGAUCCACGUCGACGCCGCCAGCGGUGGCUUUGUCGCCCCCUUCACCAAGCCCGAUCUCGAGUGGGACUUCCGUCUCGAGAAGGUGGUCUCCAUAAACGUCUCCGGACACAAGUAUGGUCUCGUCUACCCCGGUGUGGGCUGGGUGAUCUGGCGAUCGCCCGAGUUCCUGCCGCAGGAGCUGGUCUUCAACAUCAACUACCUGGGCGCCGACCAGGCCAGUUUCACCCUGAACUUCUCCAAGGGUGCUUCGCAGGUGAUUGGACAGUACUACCAGCUGAUCCGCCUCGGCAAGCACGGCUACCGCUCGAUCAUGGUCAACCUGACCCGCAUUGCGGACUACAUGGCCGCACAGCUGACGCAGAUGGGUAUGAUUAUCAUGAGCCAGGGUCAGGGCAACGGCCUGCCUCUGGUGGCGUUCCGCCUGUCGCCGAACCCGGACCGCGUAUUCGACGAAUUCACACUGGCGCACCAGUUGCGCGAGCGCGGCUGGAUCGUUCCCGCAUACACCAUGGCUCCGAACAGUGGUAAGCUGCAGCUCAUGCGCAUCGUUGUCCGCGAGGACUUCAGCAUGAACCGCUGCGAUAGCCUGAUUACCGACAUCAAGCUGGCGCUACAGACCCUCGAGGCCAUGGACCUGGCCAUGAUGGACAAGUACAAGGCGCACAUAGUCAGCCACCGCGCCCACCCGCGCCACAAGAAGCACACCCACAAUCACUACCAUGACGAGAAGCACUCGCUGCAGGGCAAGACUGGCAAGUCGCACGGGGUGUGCUAA